UAACUUACUUCAUACUGUAACAAAUUAAUUAAUAUUAACAGAAAUACACCAAUACGGAAAAUACGUUUAGAAUAUAGCGUUUUAAAUAUUUAGUACACAUUAUAAUUCAGAAUAAAGUAAAAGAGUCCAACUCAAAAACAAUAUAUCAUAACUGACAAUACACAGUGAUAAAUCAGCAUUGAACAAAUCUCACAGGCUGCGUACAUGUUCCCCAACGAUUUCUCGUGUGUUGGCUGAUGUUUGCUGGAUGCGUUAUACCUAUCAUGGACCGCCAGAUAUACUUCCAGGCUAUGCGCACUAUGUACGUCGCUACUCCGACGGAACAGUCCAAGAGCGAAUGUCCUGUCAUGAUUAAAAGGCGUAAACCUUACGAUUCUUUCCAGAACAGGUUCCACUGGGACGUGAACUUAGUGAGAGCAAUUACCCAAGCGUCCUACAUAGGGUUUCUCAUCUCCAACGUGCCGGCAGGUUAUCUGGCAGACCACUACGGUGGACGUGGGGUGUUGGGCGCAGGGGUGCUGAUGGGCUCUAUGGCCACCUUGAUGUUGGCCAUUUUCGCUGUCCACGGAGUUGUGCCAUUGCUCAUCACCAGACUUGUCCAGGGUAUCGGUCAGGGUUUGGUGUUUUCCAGUACCCACUCAUUGAUAGCUCAAUGGGCGCCAACCUCGGAAAGAGCGAGAUUUGUUGGUAUUGUUCGUUCAGGAGGCAGCCUAGGAUGGGGUCUGGGAUAUGUGCUGUCAUUUAUGUUCAAAGAUAAAUGGAAGAUGCCGUUUUACGUGACCGGAGUACUGGGUCUGAUCUGGUUCUUUGUUUGGUACCACUUUUGUAAGAGCAAGCCCAGCCAGAGCGCCUACAUCAAGGACACUGAACUGCAGUACAUUCUGGACAACAGAGAGGGUAUGGCAGAUCAGAUUCCAAAGAGAUAUCUCCAACUCCCGUUGAAAGCAGUGUUCUCGUCCCGUCCAGUGUGGUCUCUUCUGUUCAUCAACUGGGCAUUUUGUUAUGUUCACUACACGAUGACGAAUCAGGCCAAGUGGUACGCCGUCAGUGUUUUGAGGCUCACCGACGAUUUAACCGAUGUCUUAGUAUUUGCUCAUGGUUUUGUUUUGCCCAUCUCUACAAUAUUCUGGGGUUUCGUAAGCGAUUACCUGGUAAACCAAGAGUACAUGACUCGCACAGUCAACCGGAAGGUGUUCGGAGUAACGAGCAAUAUGAUGGUGGCUCUCGGCCUCCUUUUUAUCCCCUUGGCAGGCUGCAGUGGCAUCACAGUUGUUUCGAUCCACGUAAUUCUAAGCUACAUCCGAGGAAUCUUCUUCUCCACCGUGUACGCCAACCCGAUAGACCUAAGUCCAAGAUACGCUGGGCUGAUCAUGGCACUCCUUAAUUCCACAGGAAAUGUUACUGCACUCUUCUCCAGGGAAAUGGUCUCUGUCAUAGACGAACCCAGUGAUGUCUUUAACUGGUGGUUCGUGUUCCUGUUAAUGGUUGGACAGUUGGCAAUCAUGUCUCCGCCCUACCUAUGCCUUGGAUCGGGAGAAGUUCAACACUGGAAUCUCCCUGCGAGACGCAGUGUUUACCCUCAGGCCCCUGAAGCUGUUCCAGACAACAACAUGUAACAUUA